AUGUACAGUAAGAAGACUAAAGAUUUUCCUCCAUGGCUGAAGUUACGUUUAUCUGUAAACGAACGUUUAUCAGCCCAAAAGCCGUGCAAACCGGAGAGUUCUGCCCUCAGACGAUUAUUGAAGACCCUGGAAGACCACUGGACGAUCAAGUGCAAUGAUGCCGUCAUGAGAAUAGUCGAGGCAAGGGUGAAAGGCAGUGUCAAGGAGUGGCUGCUGAUUUUGGAUAGGGAAAAUGAGCUUAAAUUUGUUCAUUGGAAGGAGAUGUCCCACAAGCCGUAUUUUUUGUCGACCUUUUAUGUUAAGGUUAUGGUUACACAAUUGAACCGAAUAUCUAAAGUUUCAUAUCCCGCCACAAUGCUUAUGAAACCAUGGGCUGACACACUGGCCAACACGAACACCAACCACGAAACUUACGUGGAAUUGAUUGAGCACUACAAGUUGUUUAUAGAGAAGCCAGCUCCAGUUUUUGACAUGAAACAAGUAACCAUAACAUUAAGUUUCGAAGAUGAAAUGGUUAGAAGCUGCAUUACCCAAAUUGCAUCUGACGACUCAAGCUGGGCAACAUUUGAGGCCCUGGCAGCCAUAUUUUAG